GCAAACCUUGCAUGGGAAGCGCAGCUGCCCGCAAACCAAAUUGGAGUGCAUCCUGAAAACAGAGACGGGUGUGGCAUUCUAGUGUCGCACGUGCAGCGCUUGAUCGAGGAGCUGUGUGAGCUGGGAUAUGACAGCCAGCUGACUCGCAACAUCUGCGUUGAGAUUCCGCAUGACCGGGCGAUCAAGGCCAUCGCAGCCGGGUGCCAGCAUCAGUCGGCUCAGCUGACGAUGGAUGGCAGCCUGAGCAUGGCCAAGAUCAAGGAGAAGUGCCCUGAGCUGGCACGGGUGGCAGAGCAAGGACAGAUGUGGGUGGUCCUCAGCUCACAUGCCAUCAGCAGGUUUCCUGCAAUCCCACGGCUGGUGCAGUCAGCGGCCAAUGCAAGCACUCACUUGGCCGCUGCAGAGAGUGAGCUGCAGCUUGCAAGGAAGGUGCUGAGGGCAUACCUGAGCGCAAGCGAGACGAAAGCUAGCGGCGUGACAUGGCUGGACAUCAGCAGUGAGGUGCUGCGGAGCAAGCCACCUCACAUGAAGGUUGCCCCUGCAAUGUUCAAGUUCAUCAUGAACUAUGCAGGUGGCAAGAGCGGUCACAUGUUGAGCGCCACUGAGGCGUUUGUGAACACUUGUGGUGUGAACAAGAGCCUGGGAUUUGAGCUCUGGGAUUGCAUCUCCCAGGAGAGCAAGGGGAAAUCGAAGAUCCCGAGGCUGCUGGCAAGGCACGCGGCGCUGAAGCUCGCGUACCUGCAGGAGGAUGUGUUGGUCACCUGCGCUGACAUAAAGAAGCUCUUGGCAGGAAAGGAGCUGCAGCCUGAGGUGGACAAGAUGGAGAGCAUCAUCCUGCAGAUCCACAAGAUGGGAAAGGGGCAUGAGGGUGCAUGCAGUGGAGCCACGUUGGUGAUGCUGAGUGCCAGCUCGUGUGGCGGUGCCUCGACAAGAAGCACAGGAGCGUGGAGUGGAAGCACAAGAGCUUGGAGGAGGUGGGUCAUGAGUUUGUGGGGCGCCUCUGGACCGCAUCACGACUGUGCAUUGACAGAUCUACAUACCUCACCUUUUUCAUCGGCAAGCCACCUUGGACGCGCUUGGUGUGCCAUGGCAGCUCUUCCGGACUCGCCGGAAGAUGACGAGCUGGCGAUGUUCCUGCAAAGGAACGUCGCCCAG